CACCAAUGCACGCUUCAAAUUGGGCAUUCACCAACACACUUACACCUCAGCGAUUACAGCACGACUGAGCCAUCAGGGACGCUACACGGGAAAGGGCUUCCACGACACAGUCGAGGAAAAUGUCGCCAAAAAAGACAAGAGAGCCGUCUUGGCCUCCCCGUCUGGACCGCAAACCAGACUGGAGACGUUGGUCUGACUAUGUCGCAUGGGGAUUUCAAAUGCGAAAUGUAUGGGAAUAUGUCGACCCAGAUUCAGAUGUCAUUCUGCCUAAACCCACGCACCCAGGACCACCCCCAUCAAUGCCCGAAGGCUGGAGGGACUUCCCCAGAUCGGCCAAGAUGGAUCUCAUUCAUUGCAGCCUAAGGGAGCAAAGCGAUUUCGACCAUGAUUUUGAAUCCGAGUGCGAAUACGUCAAUCCAGAUUUAGACAUCAUUCUGAGUGAGGCUGAAUUUCUGGAGCAAUCUUUCAAGCAAUCUCCAACGCCCGAAGACUCGAAAAGCUCCCUAGAAUCCGUCGAAAAGACUAUAUCGGAGUGGAAGAGGGAACACCAGAUUUGGUCCCAUUACAUGUUUUUAUACAGCCGGGACUACCGUCAUUGCAAAGAUGACCAAGAAAUUAUCGAAAAUCUGACAAAGGAGGUGGAGGAGUCGAUAUCGGAACCAUAUCGCCAGUACAUCUCAUCAACCCAUGAUAUGCGAGAAACACUACGCGUCUUGAAGCAAAAAUUGAUGCUACCACCACACGAAGAGACUAAGAGAGCCAGAGCGAAAUUCUUCCAGCUUGCACAUCGACGCGGUUCAAGGAAUUGGAUUACAUGGGCAUUGGAAUUUGAAUCAGCCUAUCGACAGGCUGUUCGCUUCAAAGCCAGCGGUAUCAACGAGCCAUUCGCAGUAGAUGCAUUCCUCAGUGCAUCUCGCAAGCAAAAGUCAAUAAUUACAAACGACUGGUAUCACAGUAAAAUGGCAGAAAGGUUUUUUGAGGAAAAGGAGUUUCAGUUAUCUGACCUCGUCACUUCUUUCUGCCAAUGUCAGCACACCUUAGCGAUGUUAGGUUAUUGAAUAUUGGGUGUGGAGAUGCGGCAGCAGUUCUGUUUAUGGAGUCUAUUACACCAUGAGAGUAUUGACGGAUCCAAUCUUCAUUUGACUAGGAAUUAAGAGACGUUAUCAUCAGAUCCCAAUCACAAGAUGUGACACAGUCAGAUCACAGAAAUUAAGGAUGCUGAGGAACAACAAAAUGCCUUAGAUGGCCAGGAUGAGCCAGAUGAG